AUGGAUAAAAUCUUUGCUGAAGAUAUUGGGAAACACAUCGAGGUCUACAUUGAUGAUCUUGUGAUCAAGAGUCCCAAGGAGGACCAGAAGCUAAAGGAUAUAGAGAAGACUUUCAACUCCCUGCGAAGCGUGAAUAUGAAGUUGAAUCCAGCCAAAUGCUCCUUUGGUAUGGAAGAGGACAAAUUCUUGGGCUUCGUGGUCACAAAUGGCGGUUUUAAAGUUAACCUAGAGAAAGUUCAAGCCAUAGAGCGGAUGCCGUCUCCGCGCACAAUCAAAGAGAUGCAAAGAUUGGUCGGUCGUCUAGCCGCGCUUAAUCGAUUUCUAUCAAAUCACGCGGCAAAGUCAUACCUUUUUAUCAGCACUCUACGCAACUGCGUGAAGAAACAAGAAUUCAAGUGGACGCCGGAAGCAGAAACUGCAUUCCAGCAGAUGAAAGAAUGUUUGAUAAAGCUCCCUACUCUGACCGCGCCGUUUGAAAAGGAACCACUCAUCCUGUACUUGUCCUCUUCGGACAAGGCAGUGGGGUCGGUAUUAUUGGUGGAGAGAGAUGGAGUUCAGACUCCAAUAUAUUACGUCAGUAGGGUGCUUACAGAUUCAGAAACGAGAUAUUCAACGAUGGAAAAAUUAGUACUUGCGCUGCUACACGCCUCCAGGAGGCUGCGCAGAUACUUUACAGGGCAUGUAAUCACCGUACUUACCAAUUUCCACAUCGGCACAAUAUUACAAAAACCAGAAAUGUCUGGGCGCUUAGCAAAGUGGGCGAUCGAGCUGGGGGGCCACAACAUUUUGUACAGGCCGCGCCCAGCCAUCAAGGGUCAAGUUCUAGCGGACUUCGUUACAGAAGUCCCAGUGGAUAAAAUCAAAGAUUGUGAGAUUGUUGAGACUCCCGUACAAGACACGUCCAAUGAGUUAUGGUUGCUGUACACUGAUGGGGCCUCAAACGAAGAUGGCGUAGGAGCUGGAUUGCGCCUCGUGAGCCCUGAGAAGCAUGAAUUUACAUAUGCCAUCAAGUUGGAUUUCAAGAAUACCAAUAACGAGGCGGAAUACGAGGCAUUCUUGGUAGGCUUGCGCCUCGCCAUAAAAAUGGGAGCUCAAAAUCUGCGAGCGCAUGUUGAUUCACUCUUGAUCGCCAGCCAAAUCAACGGGCUAUACGAUGCAAAGGGAGAAGUUAUGGCUUUGUAUUUGGACCAGGCGAAAGAAUUACUCCAACAAUUCAAGUCAUACAAGGUAGUUCACAUCAAUCGCUCGGAAAACAAACUAGCAGACGCCUUGAGCAAGCUCGCCUCAACUUCUUUCCAACAUCUCGCCAAGGAUGUAAGAAUCGAAGUACUAAAAAAUCUGUCGGUUUUGCUGCGUCAAGUAAACGUGAUCGAGAUAGGGCAGCCAUCUUGGAUGACCCCUAUAAUCCAAUACUUGCAAAAAGGAAUACUCCCUGAUAACAAAGCAGAGGCAAGGAAGGUACAACACAAGGCCCUGCAUUAUGAGAUGAAUGGCGAUAUCUUGUACCGAAGAUCCUUCUUGGGGCCGCUUCUGCGCUGUGUAGACCCCCGAGAUGCAAAUUACUUGGUCAGGGAGAUUCACGAAGGAAUCUGCGACAUCCAUGCAGGCCCACGCAUGGUCGUCGCGAAAAUAAUGAACGCUGGUUACUACUGGCCAGGGAUGCACGUUGACGCUCUAAGAGAAUUGCGCAAAUGCGACUCCUGUCAAAGGCACGCUCCUAAGACCCUGCGCCCGAAGAAUGAUCUCAUUCCUGUGUCCACUGCAUGGCCUUUCCAGCAGUGGGGAAUCGAUAUGGUGGGACCCUUCCCGGAAGCUCCGGCGCUGUGA